CACAUUUGUAGCGGUGAGUUCUACAAUAACAAAACAGUGGCCGCAGCAAAGCAAAUAUGAGCAAGAGGCAAGGCCCGCCCAAGCACCAAAACAGUUUCGCUUGGAAACCCAACGCCGGCGUCAAGAUCAACGAAACGGAAGUUGGGGGAAAGCUCAGGCCGUACUCCGAGAUUACGGGAGUGUGCCCCCGUUGUAAAGAACAGAUCGACUGGAAACGCCGUUACGGAAAGUACAAGCGCCUUACCGAGCCUGCCAAAUGUCAGCGAUGUUCGAAACGCGCCGUUCGUCAGGCGUACCAUAAUCUCUGUACCGGUUGUGCUAAGGAGCAGGGUGUAUGCGCAAAGUGUUGUUCCCGUGUGGAUCGUAUAGUCGGAAGAGAUUCUUCGGAAGUAGAGGCUGAGCAAAAGUUGCUUGAGGAGGCAGUCAAGAAUGCUCGAGAAAGGGACCGAAGGUCUCUGCUACGUGCAAUGAACAAAGGUAAAUCUAAAAGUUCGGAGAAAACACCAACCGACAAAGAAGACAAGGUUGGGGAGUUAUUUCCCGCUGCAUCACUUGAGGAAUAUGCUGAGCAAAGCAGGAAUGAUAAUGGUGAUGAUGACGACAAUGACGAUGAGGACCUAAUUUUGAGUUGAAGGAUACGAACAAUGUGUCAACAGAUGCUUAUAGCUUGUGGGAUCUCUUCCAUGUUCCAACAUCUACUACGAAGAUACUGAUUAAAUUACAUUUCUUUUUUGAAGAUGUGCUGAAAUAUCAAAUUUGCCAUAAAUGGAGUCAUUUUUUGUUAAGAUUAAGAAGAAUUUGUGACCUC